CCCAGAAGCCCCGCCCCCGCCGCUGUGACAAGUGCUGGCGUGUUUGCCCGCGAGACAGAAGCGUCGCCGCCGGCGUCUCGGAGUCAGCCUGCCCGCAUCCGGCCGCCGCCGCGAUGCCUCGGGGGAGCCGCAGUGUGGCCUCCCGGUCAGCCAGCCGCCCCGCCGCCCCCUCCCCCCACCUGCCGGCGGCCCCGCCGCCUUCGGCCGCCGCCCCGGCCCCCGCCGCUUCGGGCCAGCCGGGCCUCAUGGCCCAGAUGGCGUCCACCGCCGCUGGGGUAGCUGUGGGCUCGGCUGUGGGGCACGUCGUGGGCAGCGCCCUGACCGGAGCCUUCAGUGGGGGAAGCUCGGAGCCCGCCCAGCCCGCUGCCCAGCAGGCCCCUGCCCGCACUGUUCCGGAGCCUCUGUCACUGGGGCCAUGUGCCUAUGAGAUCAGGCAGUUCCUGGACUGCUCGACCACUCAGAGUGACUUGUCUCUGUGUGAGGGCUUCAACGAAGCCAUGAAGCAGUGCAAGUACAACCACGGCCUGAGCUCUCUGCCCUGAAGAAGCCACUGUGGACUCACAGCCUGGCCAGAGCCCUGCACCUACCCACCCCUCACCAACAACGGACCACAAUACCAGAUUGUACCCAUGUAGCUGGGAGUUGGCGUGAGGAAGGGGUUCUACCCCCACAGAAGACCUGAGACACAAAUGUGCAAUUAAAAGAGCUAAUUUUAGACCACU